AUGCACUUCACAGUCAUCGUCGGAGCCGCCCUCGCAGCCAGCGCCAUCAUACCCACCUCCCUGACGACCUUCCCGGAGACCAUCGAGACGGGCCCUGUCGUAUCCCACCGGGGUCGCCGCCGCCAUUGCGCCCGAUGCGGAGGACUGUUUGAUCACUACCACCCUCACGGUCCAACGUUCGACGGAGCGACGACGACCGCUACGCUUACCGUCGUUACGGACGCCCCGAGCCAGGAGACGGUCGCUGGCCAGCCCACCACCGUCACCGCUCACUAA